UAAAAAAAACUAGAGGAAUCAAUAAAUUGACUUCCAUAAGCCUUAUCUACCCUCCAAAAUCUAUCUCACUAAUCAAAAUCAACACACAGCUUUCGCAGAAACCAAAAUCAAAUGGAUCAGCUGAAGCCAAGUCCGCCCAAUUCAAGGCCGCUGACGCCGAUCAGCUUCAUCGAGCGAGCCGCCACCGUCUACGCCGACUGCACCUCCAUCGUCUACGGCUCCACCAUCUACACAUGGUCACAGACCUAUCUCCGCUGCCGCAAGAUCGCCUCCACUCUCUCUUCCUUCGGCAUCACCCGCGGCGACGUCGUCAGCGUCGUCGCCCCCAACAUCCCCGCCAUGUACGAGCUCCACUUCGCCAUCCCCAUGGCCGGAGCCGUCCUCAACUCCAUCAACCUCCGCCUCAACGCCCAAACCAUCUCCGUCGUCCUCCGCCACUCCGAGUCGAAACUCGUCUUCGUGGAUUACCAAUCCGAAUCGAUCGUGCUCGAAGCCAUCUCUCUGUUCCCCCCGACUUGCCCUCUCCCUCGCCUCGUCCUGGUCCCCGAGGAAGGCCAGGUUAGAGGCGCUUCCAAGCCAGGAUUCGUGGCGGAUUACGACGCCGUUUUGGAGAGAGGCGAUCCUAAUUUUGAUUGGGUUAAGCCGGAGACUGAAUUCGAUCCGUUGACUCUGAAUUACACCUCCGGCACGACCUCCGCUCCCAAAGGCGUCGUCCACAGCCACCGCGGCACGUUCCUGGUGACAAUCGAUUCGUUGAUUUCGUGGUCGGUGCCGAAGGAGCCGGUUUAUUUAUGGACGCUGCCGAUGUUCCACGCCAACGGGUGGAGCUACACCUGGGGGAUGGCCGCCGUCGGCGGCACCAAUGUCUGCCUCCGAAAAUUCGACGCCGCUGCGAUCUACGCCGCUAUCCGCACGUAUCACGUGACGCACAUGUGCGGCGCGCCAGUGGUGCUCAACUUGCUCACAAAUGGCAAUCCGAAGCCGCUGGAGAAGCCGGUGGAGAUCAUGACCGCCGGAGCACCGCCGCCGGCGGCGGUGCUCCUCCGGACGGAGUCGCUCGGGUUCGUCGUGAGCCACGGGUAUGGCCUGACGGAGACCGGAGGUCUCGUGGUGUUCUGCACGUGGAAAAACAAGUGGAACAUGUUUCCGGCGGUGGAGAGGGCGAAGCUGAAGGCGAGACAAGGCGUGAGAACCCCCGCGAUGGCGGAGAUCGACGUGAUCGAUGCUGAAACAGGGAAAAGCGUGGAGCGCGAUGGGAAAACUCUAGGUGAAGUAGUCCUCUGCGGCGGAUGCGUGAUGUUAGGCUAUCUGAAAGACGCGGAGGGGACGGCUAAGGCGAUGAAAGACGGGUGGUUCUUCACCGGCGAUGUCGGGGUGAUGCACCCGGACGGGUAUUUAGAGAUCAAGGACCGGUCAAAGGACGUGAUCAUCAGCGGAGGGGAGAAUCUGAGCAGCGUGGAGGUGGAAUCGGUUUUGUACGGGCAUCCGGCGGUGAAUGAGGCGGCGGUGGUGGCGAGGCCGGAUGAAUUCUGGGGAGAGACGCCGUGUGCGUUUGUGAGCUUGAAGGAAGGGGUGAAGGAGAAGCCGACGGAGAAGGAUGUGAUUGAGUAUUGCAGGGAGAGGAUGCCGCGGUUUAUGGUGCCGAAGACAGUGGUGUUCGAGGCGGAGCUGCCCAAAACCUCUACCGGAAAAAUACAGAAGUUUGUGCUCAGAGAGGCCGCCAAGGCGAUGGGAUCGGCAAACCUCAGCAAGCUCUAGUGAGUCAACGCUGACUUCGGAGUAUUCUGGUUUAAAUUUUAAUAAAUACUACUGUACUGGAUUUGGUUGAUGCAUUUCUAUAUUUUGCAAUUUAUGUAAUGUAACAUUUACCGAAAUGUAUGGUUAUUUGCUGCGUUUUUAUUCAUACCAAAUAAAAUGCCAUUCAUGUCCUAUUUUGAAAUCAAA